AUGCCUUACCUUCUGGACAGCGUGUGCACCAUCAUCGGGGUCUUUUACAAGUAUGCCAAGCGGCACGGAGACAGCUCCACCCUGAACAGGAGGGAGAUGAAGAGGCUCAUCCGGAAGGAGUUUGCCCAGGUCAUAGAGAACCCUCGUGACCCCAAGACAGUUGAGCUGACGUUCCAGAUGCUAGACACCAAUGGAGAUGGUUUGGUGGACUUCAACGAGUACCUUCUCCUCAUGUUCAAAGUAGCUAAGGCUUGCUACAGCCAACUGAAGCCAAGAGAAGGCCUCCUUCAGAGAGAAGAAGCUGGCAAAGCUCCACAUAGAGGCGAACCGCAGAGACAUGAAAGGGACAAUCUCCAGGUUUGGGAUGAGGCAAGGAAAGAAAGAAACAUCCGUGAGAGAGAAGAUUCUCGCCAGACAUACUUUCAUCCAAAUGAAGCUACUGAACGAAGCCAAGAGCGGAGGCAUCUGCGUGAGCCUGUAGCACAAAUGGAUGACAGGAGCCACCAAGCUCAAGAUCAUCAUGAGAGAGACCGUCCAUCCCAUGAGCCCCAGGAACUGGAAGAUGGCCAAACAUAUGAGUAUGAACAACAAGCCCCAAAUACACAUCGGGAGGCCCAUGAUUUUGAGCCACAAAGGACUGAAGCAAGAUAUCAUCAAGUAAGACAAAGGGAACCACCAGCUGAAGAAGACCAUCAGCACCAGUCGCAAGAUCUUCUCCCAAGAAACGAAAAGGAAAGACAGCAUCCAUCCCACGAUCCUCAGUCCUGGGAAGGUAAUGAAAGACAACACCAAGAAGUAAGAAACAGAAGGAGGGGAGAUUAUGCCAAAGACUUGGAAACUCAACAUGGAGUCAGGUCCCAGGAUAUUCGAGGUGACAAUGCUGAUGAGCAACUGGACCAAAUUCGUAACCGUGAACCACUGGAUGAAUAUGACUCAUUGCCCAGAGAAGAUAAGAGAAGACCUCAAAUAGCUGAUCCAGAAUGGGAGCAAAGGAGAAGCCAGAGACACGAGACUGAAACCAGAGAGAGAGCCAGAACUAAUGAUUCUGAAUGGAGAGAGCAAAGCAGGACAGGCCAGCAGCAAAGUGCACCUCAAGCUCGAGAGGCUGAACAUAAAGCAAAUCAACGAAAUGAGCCUCAAAUCCCUAAAGACCAGCAAAGCACAGCACAAGAUGCCAGAGCGGGAGGUGAGCCUGAAGCAUCUCAACCUGUAGAGAGAGAACAUGCUCAGGAACAAUCUGGCACACAAGAGAAGCCAGAAGCCCAGGACGUAACCCAGGAAGGAGAUGGUGACCAUCCUGUACCAACGGAGUUGGAGGAGGGCAAUGGAGGCAGUCCAAGGGCCAGAGAACCUCAGCCGCUGUUGGACGAAGAGGAGGAAAACCAGCCUGAUACAGAAGGACCACAACAUGGAGCUGAGAAGAUCCCUGAAUCCCUUGAUGCCUCCCAAGAUAAGCCAAGUUUUUUGUGUGAAAAAGUUCCUCCUGUGUGCAACCCACUCUAUGAAUACCUACUGGCUCAGAAGAAGGUGGAGGAACCAUAG